AAGUUCCCAUUUUUAUUAAAAUGUAAUUAUCAUGAACAGAAAAAGCAAUACAAGGCAUGUGUUCUUAAUUCUGCCAUUCUCUUUUUGACAUUUAAAGGAAGAGCCUAGGCUGGAUGUCUUGAUCAAUAAUGCAGGGAUCUUCCAGUGCCCUUACAUGAAGACUGAAGAUGGGUUUGAGAUGCAGUUUGGAGUGAACCAUCUGGGGCACUUUCUACUCACCAAUCUUCUCCUUGGACUCCUCAAAAGUUCAGCUCCCAGCAGGAUUGUGGUAGUUUCUUCCAAACUUUAUAAAUAUGGAGACAUCAACUUUGAUGACUUGAACAGUGAACAAAGCUAUAAUAAAAGCUUUUGUUAUAGCCGGAGCAAACUGGCUAACAUUCUUUUUACCAGGGAACUAGCCCGCCGCUUAGAAGGCACAAAUGUCACCGUCAAUGUGUUGCAUCCUGGUAUUGUACGGACAAAUCUGGGGAGGCACAUACACAUUCCACUGUUGGUCAGACCACUCUUCAAUUUGGUGUCAUGGGCUUUUUUCAAAACUCCAGUAGAAGGUGCCCAGACUUCCAUUUAUUUGGCCUCUUCACCUGAAGUAGAAGGAGUGUCAGGAAGAUACUUUGGGGAUUGUAAAGAGGAAGAAUUAUUGCCCAAAGCUUUGGAUGAAUCUGUUGCAAGAAAACUCUGGGAUAUCAGUGAAGUGAUGGUUGGCCUGCUAAAAUAGGAACAAGGAGUAAAAGAGCUGUUUAUAAAACUGCAUAUCAGUUAUAUCUGUGAUCAGGAAUGGUGUGGCUUGAGAACUUGUUACUUGAAGAAAAAGAAUUUUGAUGUUGCAGUAGCACUGCUAAGAGGUACAUGUGGAUAUUUUGGAGUUACUGAAAAAUUAUUUUUGGGAUAAGAGAAUUUCAGCAAAGAUGUUUUAAAUAUAUAUAGUAAGUAUAAUGAAUAAUAAGCACAAUGAAAAAUACAAUUAUAUUGUAAAAUUAUAACUGGGCAAGAAUGGAUGACAUAUUAAUAUUUGUCAGGAUUAAGUGACUUAAAGUGCUAUCAAGAGGUUUUUCAAGUAUUUUUGAGUUUCAUGGCCAAAGUGUUAACUAUUUUUACUAUGAUGUUUGGUGUUUGUGUGGAAAUAAUCUGCCUGGUAUGUGCACACAAGUCUUACUUGGAAUAAAUUUACUGAUACAAAUUCUUA